AUGGGGUCGGGGGCGGGGAGGCCUGUCUUCAACAGACAUCUUAGGUGGGCUCUGGAGGGCCUUUGGAGUAUGUGGAGGCAGCAGCUGGAAGUGACCCAGUGUCAAAUGUUCCAAUUCACACUUGAGAAUUCAGCCUUCCCACGUCAAACUGUAUGGGAAGCCUUAAUGUUCCAGGUAAUCCGUCAGCUUCAUUGAACAUGGAGAGGCCUGAGUCAUUUGUUUUCUGAGUACUUCACAGAGUAAAACCCUUUUUUGUUUGUGUGCUCAGCACUUCCAUUGAACAGAUUCUCUGGCAGGCACUGGGUUAGAGUCAGGAAUGGAGGUGGUUAGAUAUAAUCUUUGACCUCUAACAGCCCACAUUCCAAGUGCAGAGAGGGUUCCUGAUGCUAUCCCUGGAACUGUGUAUCUCUUUAAUCACAGCUUGGUUUUGGAUCAGUCAGUAGAGACCUGAGUUUUGCCAGGAAUUGAAUCCCUAAAUGACACUUCAUUUUCUCAGUUCAUGGGUAUACAUAGUAGACAGUACUUUUGAAUUACAUUUGCAUAGUUUGAUUCCAGGGCUCAUUUUUGCUGUGCCCCCCGCCCACUUGUUCCAUUUAGCCUGUCAGAUUGAUUGUAUGAUGUUGAUGUGCGGUAGUAUGAGAAACUCAGCAUAGAUAUUUGAGCAGUGGCUCCUUGUUCCUAGGCUCUCUCCUGAAAUACUUCUUCCUACAGUAGUAGGGGGGUUAUGUAAGAACGGAAAACUUGAUCUCUGUAUAGAAUCAGGAAUUGCCACCCUUUUUUUGUUUUUAUUAUGUAGACAGCAGUUUAUUGUCCAACCCAGGGGAGGAAGACACCACGUCACUCAGGGAUACUGCAUGCGAUCCAUGCUAGACAACAUGGGGGUUGCAUUCAGGAACCCAGUAAACAACUAGGGGCUUUGGGAGGCAGGCUUUGUAAUAUCAAGAGGGUGGAACUUCUCUUGUUCUUGUGGGAAGUUGUGAUUGGCUUGUUUGAAUAAACCCACAGACUGGCAAGGAGCUGAAACCUCCCCAGAGGUGGGCAGGACCUGUGCCUGGUCCUUUGGUACAGAGGAUUGUUUAGCCAGGGAACCUCAUUCAUGAGAACAGAGUGGGGAGGGAAGGUUUGGCGAUUAGGCCACUUGAAGCCCUUCUGAUUUUAUAGCAUGAGAUACUGGACCUUAAUUUUAGAUCUUACACCAUAACUGGGAAUGUGUGGUCAUCUGAUUAUUGCUCCACUAGAGAGCUACUGGUAGGCCAGGCAAGGGUGAAUUUCACAUUGGAUCAUCAUCUUGUGCUUCCAGUGUAUUACAAGAUUCUCUUCCAUUCCUGGGGAAAAUGAUAACAAACUCAGUGGAAUUGUCAGAGAAAUAUGGGUGUGUAUUGGAAAAUGUUAUCUGAUAGAGGACAGCAAAUCAUGAGCUUAUAUUCUGAGCAUCGUGCUAAGCACAGUGAGAAAUUCUCAAGGCUCGCUCAGCUGAACUUGACAUUCUAGUAGGGGAGAGGAGGCUUAUACAUGUGAAAUAAUCAGCCAAAUAUGUUUAUAGUAGAAAGAGAACUAGAAUCAGGCAACGUGUCUGAUCUGGUUGGGCCAAAUAACAGCUGAGUGAAUUUGGGCAAGCCGUUAAAACUUCUGAGCCUUGGCUCCCCCAACUGUAGAAAGUGAAAGGAGAGAUGUAAUAUACGCUGCACAGAAGUCCCUAAGUAUGUAGCCCAACCUGACUUAAAACAGCAUCUUAGUUCCUCAGAAUCCCAACAUUCAUCAACAAGUCAGUGACCCUGUAUCUCUUGGGAGUACAAAUUGUGUUUGUAUGUUUGUUUUAUUUUUUUCCCCAAAUUUUCCUCAUCAUGAAAAUCAUCCCUUAGGCCACUCAAUAAAAAAUACAGAUUCCUAGGAGUCUCCCCCUUAAAUCUGGAAUGGAAUUUGUAAAUAAGUCUAGACAUGAACUCACAGGCCUGAGUUCAGUCAAGUCUCUGCCCCUGAUUAGAUCCACGAUUUUGGUCAGGCCAGUUGGCUUCUCGUGCAUAACAUGGAGAUAAACAGGAUUGAUGUCACAAUAAAAUGAGAGCAUAUACCUAAAACACCCAGCAGUCAGCCCAGCAUGUUGUAGGUUCUUAUUGAUCCAAACCCCAGCCCUUAAUAUGUGGGGCUUGGAUCAGCACAGUGAAGUCUUCCAUUUUCCUUUAGGAGUCACCAUGGAUGCAGAUCUCCUUCCCUUCCCACCCCUCACACAUCACAGUGAUGUUCUCUUUUCCCCUUACAUUGCUUUACUUUUGAUGUGUCUGUUGACUUUGUCAUGUUCUCUGUUGUGGCCAAAUGGGUGCUGGAUGAGAUACAAGUUUUGAAGGAUAUAUAGACAGCAUUUCAGCUCCAUAACUGAGGGGGCUUCUCUGGAUUUGAUUUCUCUGAAUUCUCACAGCUGGAAAGGUUUUCUUUUCUCCAGUUUUAUUGAGAUGUAAUUGACAUACAUCAUUGUAUCUAUUUAAGGUAUACGUCAUAAUGGUUUGACAUAUAUAGUUUAAUUAAAUCCAUCAUCUCAAAUACAAUAAAAAGAAAAAGCAAAAAAAGAAAAACUUUUCUUGUGAAGAGAACUCUUAGGAUAUUCUCUUACCAACUUUCAUAUAUAUCAUACAGCAGUGUUAACUCUAGUCAUCAUGUACAGUGCAUUCCUAGUACUCAUUUAUCUUAUGACUAGAAGUUUAUAUCUUGACCACUUUGCUCUGAUGUCCUGUCCCCCCAUUCUGCUCCCCACCCCUUCCCUCACAAAUCUGAUCUCUUUUUCUGUGAGUUUCCUUUUUUGGUUUUGUUUUUUUAGAUUCUGUAUAUAGGUGACGUUAUACAAUAACUUGUCUUCUUCUGUCAGGCUUAUUUCACUUAGCAUAAUGCUCUCAAGAUUUAUCCCGUCCUGCGCGCGCGCGCGCGCGCACACACACACACACACACACAUUUUCUUUAUCCAUUCAUCUGUUGAUGAACACUUAGGUUGUUUCCAUAACUUAGCUAUUGUAAAUAAUGCUGCUAUGAACAUGGGAGUACACACGUUUCUUUGAGUUAGUGUUUUCAUUUCCUUUGGCUACAUUCUCAGAAGUGGAAUUGCUCUGUCAUGAGGUAGUUCUGUUUUUACGUUUCUGAGGGUUGUCCAUAUUCUUUUCUGUAGUGGCUGUACCAGUUUACAAUCCCACCAACACUGCACAAGGGUUCCCUUUUCCCCACAUCCUCACCAGCAUUUAUCUCUCGUUUUCUUGGUGAUGCCCAUUCUAACAGGGGUGAGGUGAUUUAGCUCACCUGAAGGACAGAGGACUUAGCUGUAGUUUGAUUUGCAUUUCCCUAAUGACUAGUUUUGUUGAGCAUCUUUUCAUGUACCUGUUGGCCAUUCAUAUAUCUUCUUUGGAAAAGUGCCUGUUCAGGUCCUUUGCCCCAUUUUUUAAUUGGAUUUUUUGUGUUUUGCUUUUGAGUUGUCUGAGUUCUUUAUAUUGUUGGAUAUUAACCCUUUAUCAGAUAUAUGGUUUGCAAAUAAUUUUUUCCAUUCCAUAGAUUGUCUUUUUUACUUUGUUUCUUUUGCUGUGUGACUUUAGUCUAAUGUAGUCCCACUUGUUUAUUUUUUAUUUUGUUGCUUGUGUUUUGUGUUUUAGGUGUAUCCAGGAAUUUUCACCAUUGAGCUUUCUCGCAUAUCAGUGGGUUUGCUUGUUCUCUGCAAAACAGGGCGCUGACAAGUGGAAUUUUAGGAGCACAGGCACAAGGAAUUAGGCUUGAAUAUGUUGAGACCAGUUUUGUCUAGUUCAUAGUUGUUGCUGUAGGACCUACAGAAAGUGUUUAAUAAAAUUUAGUGAUUGGAUACAGCUAAAUUACAAAUCCCAUCUGUAUAAGUGUUAAGGGGACCACGUCAACUCCUUUGGUUUAGUUGUGCAACCAGGUAAAUGGAGAACUCUGUCCUGUUUUGCAAAACACAUUAGAGGCUGCCGUAGAACUGAGAAGGAAGGCCACCCCACCAAGGCAUUUGCUCUUGGUUAUUAGGAUUGCUCCCAUUCUGCUGCUGUUAAAUCUCUGCAAUUUGGGUCUAAAAAAGUACUGAAAAGUUUUUAGCUGCCUCAACUUUUCCCUGACCUCACGAGUGGAGUUUCCACAGAUGUUGUUUCAUUUGGAAGAUCUUUUGCUAUGAAUAGCAUUCCUUUGGGGGAGGGGGGUUCAAGUUGGACUGUGGAUGGAAUGUUGGCUUUUGUUUUUUUUAAUGCUAGCAAGACAGCUGCUGGGGCUGGGAAAGACUCUUGGGGUUCACUUACCUCAUGGGGAGAGCUCUGGUCUCCAGAAUCCAUGCUGCUCCCAUGACUGCAGCCUCUCUUGAGGUUAUUAGUGGGAAGCCAGAAAUGUUGGGAGAAUUGUUCAAAUGAAUCAACCUGGCUUUCAGUUUUUUUUUUUUUUUUAAUUCCUAAAUUCUGUUUCUAUUCAAAAUAGAAAUGCCAUGUGUUUGUGUGAAUCAUCCACUUGCUCAUUUGAAUAUGGAAUAUUGUAUGUGAAUAUUUUAAGUUUAUUGCACCCUUAAAAUAUAUUCAAGGGCUGUAUCCAGAUCUCUGGUGCUGAAGUCAAACCUUGUCCAAAAAAAUAACAAUGUAGGGAUACAGAUGACUGGGGUACAUGGGUGACGAUGUCUGGGGUGUAUGGGUAGGGAAGAAACACCUCUGUGGUCAGUGGCUGAUUUAUAUUUGGGGAUCUGAUAACCCACUGUGUGGGCCUUGUAUGAAGUUUGAGUGAACUGAAAUCAGUAGAUACAGACUACACAGCACUCAAGAGAAUCCCCUUCACCACUCUGCAUUAGCAUCACCAAGAGCUUUUCUAUAGAAGCUUUGAAAGUCAACAUCAAGAGAUAUGCCUAAUACACUAGAAGAUGGUGCUACAUUCAUUUAUUCCACCAAUAUUUACUGAGCACCUACUGUGUGUUACCUCCUUGAAUAUCUGCUCUACACCCAGGAGUUUUUGUAACUUGGCAUGCUGUUUCUGUCCCUCUGAGUCUGGUGGUGACGUUGAGUCUGCCAGAGAGCCUGGUGACAAAUUUCACAGGAUCCUAAGGCCCAUGUCUCUAGUUUUCUCAGAUAAAACAGGCACAGCCUUGGGAUUUCUGGGAAAAGUCAGAAGGUCCCAAGUAUGAAAAAUGAGGAGGUGGAGAGUAGACAGCCAAAGAUUUUUGGUCAGGAAGCUAGGAAAUCUGUUGCAGUGGCUUUUCUGUUCUCCAGAUUACUCUGCUGGGGGUGUCUGGGCAUCUGUAUAUUUCACAAUCUGGUAAUAAUAAUCAGACAUGGAAAUCACUAGGUGGUUUCCAGGAGAAUGAGGGAACAUUGCCUCUUGUUUAAAAUGAAGCAAAAGAAAACACCAAGUUUAUAGGAGACACAAGGAUGGGAGACUCAACUGGAUGUAGCUAAAGGCCCCUGUCAGCCCCAGCUCACCCUCUAACUCCAGCAGCUCUGUCAGCACCCAGUCAGGCUUGGCUGUAAUCCCAGAGGCAAACCCACCCCAGUUCCCCGCCUCUGUCUAUUAGAGUCUGGUCCUCAGAUUUUUAUCCCACAGGCCCACCCGGCAGAAUUUACCCUUUUCUAACUGCAAGCAAAAUCUCAGGGAAUGAGAGUUGCUUUUGAUUAGGCCAUUUGAGGAGAGUUUUUACAAGUUAAUAAUUUGGGGUCAUGAGUAAAUGUGUAUAAGCUAGUGUGACAUGUGAUGGUGAAAAGUAUUAGCAUUUACUGUGAGUCAUUAGGGGGUCUAGUGCUGUUAACAGGGCACACUGAGGAAUCUCUUGCCUUUAAGGAGCUGAUGCUGCAACUGGAGAAAGGCGACUUCACAUAAAGCAAUCAGAAACAAGAUCCCAUCUGCCAAAUGCCAAGUAGGAGUGAAGUCCAUAGAACACUGGAUAUGAAGUCACAUGACCUGUGUUCACCAGUCUCUAAGCUUGGUCUCAGCUUCCUUUCUGUAAAAUGGGAGAAUAAGACCAACCUCUUGUUACUAGGGGAUGUAGUAACAGCAAAGUGCUUUCCACUGAGCUUCCAGGGUGUCUGAGGAGGUGUGGCCACAGAACUUGGAUCCAAAAGCGCUGGGAGAACUGGAGCCACUUCCAUCUCGAAUUGCAGCCCUGUAUGCGAUGCUUUGAAAGAAAGGGGCAUCAUUCUAAGCCAAGAGGUCCCGGAGAGGGCACAGUGGAGUUUGUUCAGACUUCUGUGAGACCCCAGUGAUAUGCUGUGGCUGUACCCGCAUCACCUCCACCCCACUUGCCCUCCCAUGGGCUGCUUGACUACUAUGAAUCAGCUUGGUAGAAAUACAGCAAGGCCUUGCUGACGGUGUGGCCGGUGUAGUCACGGCCUUGGGCACAGGGGUGGGAAAUUAGCCAUAGUACAUUCCAGUGUGGGCAUUAUUGUCCUGCUGGCCAAACCAGGAAUCUGGUUUUGUCAGUCCAACUGAGAAACCAUUUCUCGGGAAACUUCUUGAACAACUACUUUUGCCAGGCAUUGACAUUCAGAAUAAGAUAUGCUAACAUCUUCUAGGCCAGCAUUUCCCAAACCAGGUGCUGUGGAAUCCUAGAUGUUAAUAAGGGACUCCUUAGUAAAGGAUUCUGUGCUUACUUUCAGGGAAACAUGCAAACUAUCUUGGGUAGUUUGAUGCUUUGAGCACAGCCCCUUCCCCUGUCCCUUGCUCUCUAUUUGUCUGCUGGUGGGGGAACUAAAGGAUUCCUUGAGGGAAUUGCCUGGCUGUCCACUGGUUAGGACUCGGCGCUUUCACUGUCGUGGCCCGGGUUCAGUCCCUGGUCAGGGAACUAAGAUCCUGCAAGCCAUGCAGUGCAGCUGAAAAAAAAAAAAAAGGGUCCCUUGGGGAAUUGGCCCACCCCUAAAUAUUCCAAAUAUAGUCUAAGUACAUCAGGGAGCUUGUUAGAGAUGGAGCUCCCCCUUAAGUUCCCACAGAACUGUGCUAGCAGAACCAUUCUCAGCUCUCUGACGCAGGCAAAGUGAGAGUGUCCCUUGUCCUUGGAGAUCGGGUUGAGCAAAGGAUCUCUCUUUCAUGUCAUCAGGAACUCCCACAAGUGCUGUGCCAGAUCACAUAUUACACCAGGACAGGCCAAGUCAUGUAAGGAGGGAAGCCCUCUGGCUGUGUGAUCUUGGGUUAGAUACUUCAUCUCUCUGGGCUCAUGUCUCCAUCUGUAGACUGGGUAAUUGACUGGUCCUCAACACUGAUGAUAUUUAUCAAAGGCCUUUUCUCCAUCUAAUGUUUGUCCCCCUAUGUACACAUGUACCCCAGUCACUACCACAUCACCCAGUUUUAUUAAGUUUUGUAGAAGGGUUUUUGUUAGAGUAAACGUGUUCUGGAGAGGAGCUGGGGUAGCUCCUUAAAACGACCUAGCCUGCCUGGGAGCCAAGACUUGGUUCUGCGGACUCCCACCAUUAACUUGCCACUGUUAACUUGCCAGGCGCACUUGGUCAGAAGAGUUCCGGUCUGAUCGUCUGGGUUUGUGGCCCCCUCCUACUCCAUUCUCCAAGGCAGGCUGGGGCCACGUGGCCCUGCCCCGCCCUUGCUGGCUCCAGUUUCUGAGUCAGUUGCGGUGGCCUGCUUUCCCUGCCCUUCCUAUCAGUCGGGAAGCCUGGAUUGUGGGCUGGGGGAAGCCACAGCUUUUCCCACCUGGCACCCACUGCCCCCAGCUCCUAGGUACCUGUUCCAAGCCCUAGAAAACUGCAUCCUGGUAUGUGAACAGGCUCUCUUGCAGGGUCUCAACGCUCAGCCCUUGCAUCUCCUGGAGCUUGUUCUCUGCAUCUGCGAAACGGAGCUGGUGGUGGCUGGGCAGCCAGAGCACACGCACUGAUCCAGGACGCCGCAAGCUGCGGCCAGUCUGCGCGCCCCACGAAGGGUUCCUGAGUGCAGCGGAGACCGCCCACCAGGCCACACGCGCGCCGGCAGUUCCCUUCUGUGUGCAAUGAAGAGCCAGAUUUCACACUGAGCAGCUGCAGACAGAGAAAUCAGAGAAAGCACAACCCAGCCUCAGAUUCCGAGGGGCCUGCUGGGGACUCUCUCCUCCUGCUUGGAAGGAAGACCCCGAGGCAGCCGUUUCAGGCCAGGUCUUGGCUGCCAUGGGACUCAGAGCCACCGCCCCCCGGCUGCCCUCUGCACUGCCAGGCAGAUAAGGGUGAGCCCUGCCCAGGAGCACCUGCCACCUCCUGCUGGGCCACUCCUCCGUGGCUAGUCCUUCCUCGACUUUGGGCCACCUUUGCUGACCCGAGGCCAUGUAGGCCCCACUCAGGCCUCUGUGGAUAGACACAUUGCUGGGGACAUCACCUCUGCUCUCUGGGAGACCCAGCGCACCACCAUGCCCCGGGGAUUCGCCUGGCUGCGCUAUCUCGGGAUCCUCCUGGGCAUGGCCUUGGGGAACGAGGGUUUGGAGGUGUGGCCCUUAACCCGGAGCGAGGAGUGUGCCAUCACUGGCUUUCUGCGCGACAAGCUGCAGUACCGGAACCGCCUUCAGUACAUGAAACACUACUUCCCCAUCAACUACAGGGUCAGUGUGCCUUAUGAGGGGGUACUCCGAAUGGCCAACGUCACCAGGCUGCAGAGGGCCCGGGUGAGCCAACAGGAGCUGCGGUAUCUGUGGGUCUUGGUGAGUCUCAGUGCUACUGAGUGGGUGCAGGAGGUGCUGCUCGAGGGCCAUCCAUCCUGGAAGUACCUGGAGGAGGUACAUACGCUGCUGCUGGAUGUCAAACAAGGCCUCCCGGGUGUGGAGGUCAGCCCCCAGGUGGAAGCAGUGUUGUCCCUCUUGAGUGCCCCAGGAAGCCUGAAGCCAGUGCGGCCCAAAGCUCUGCUGGACAACUGCUUGCGGGUCAUGGAGCUGUUGUACUGCUCUUGCUGUAAACAAAGCCCUGUCUUAAACUGGCAGGAUUGUGAGGUGCCAAGGCCUCAGCCUCACGGCCCGGAGCCCUCGUCACAGUGUAUGGCCGCCCAGCUAUACCCCCUGCGCCAGCAGCCCCCCACCUCCCUGCCCCACCCCCCGGCAUUCAUGGCUGGAGCCCCGGCUCAGUGAAGCUGCUGAGGGCACAGGGCGAAGGCCGCCUGCCCUGAGUGGGCUGCAUGGUAACUGGGUGGGGCAGCUGGAGGAGCUCCUGCAGGAGACGGACUGGGCCUGAGGCUUCUCUGGGUGGUGGUGGGGAGCCCCUCUUGGGAGGGGAGACCCUAGAGGGGCAUUUCUCCUUUGAGGGGGACUCAGUGCCUGAGAAGGGUUCAGCUUCCCGCCUUCCAUACCUCCCAUGGUCUCACCUGGAGCGGUGGGCGCUGGGGGCACCUGAAGGUCAAUGACGACAGAGCUUACAGCCCCUCCUGGCACUGCCCGGGCUGCCCUCUUCCCUGAGGGCAGGGCUGACCGUCUCCUAAGCCCAAAGAGGUGAGAGCUGUACCAGGUGGGCAUGGGGGUGGGGACACGCCUCGGCAAGGCCAGGGAGAGGGCAGCAAAGCUGGGGAGAGGGCAUAGCCAAAUGCCACAUCUUGCCACAGUUCCCUUUAUUUUUUCUAUUAAACACCUGCUUUGUUUUGG